AAGUCGCGGAGCGGUUUGCCUGAGACACAGAGCCGCUCGAAGGCCGCCGCAAUGCUCCCCUCCUUGCAGGAAUCUCUGGAUGGGGACGAAAAGGAGCUAGAGAGCAGCGAGGAGGGAGGCUGUGCGGAGGAGCGGAGGCCCCCCCCCCCCCCCAGCCACUACUGUCUCUACAGCUACUGCGGAAGCAGGUUGACACAGCAACGAGGGGACAGUGAUGAUGGAAAUUCCAGUGGCACAAAUGCAGAAACUCCCUCUGGUGACGAUUUCAGCCUCUCCUUGGCGGAUACGAAUCUACCAUCUGAAGUGGAGCCAGAGCUGCGCAGUUUCAUUGCUAAGCGUCUUUCGAAGGGAGCAGUCUUUGAAGGCCUGGGUCAUGUUGCAUCUGUGGAGCUGAAAAUUCCAGGUUACCGAGUUGGUUGUUACUACUGCCUUUUCCAACAAGAAAAACUCUUUCCUGAGACAGCAACAGUAGACUCUGAACAGAACCCUUCAGAGUAUGUGGUCUGUUUUUUAGGAGGUUCUGAAAAAGGACUUGAGCUUUUCAGGCUUGAAUUAGACAAGUACAUCCAAGGGCUGAAAGAUAACAUGAACUGCGAGGAAAGGGGCCUAGAGAACCACGUAAAAUCCUAUCUGAGCAGCUGGUUUGAGGAUGUCAUAUGUCCAAUCCAAAGGGUCGUUCUUCUUUUUCAGGAGAAGCUUACCUUUCUGCUACAUGCGGCCCUGAGUUAUACUCCUGUUGAGGUAAAAGAGUCAGAUGAAAAAACAAAGAGAGACAUUAACAGGUUUCUGAGUGUGGCCAGUCUUCAAGGACUUAUUCAUGAAGGUACCAUGACAUCUUUGUGCAUGGCCAUGACGGAGGAGCCCCAUAAGUCUGUGGUCAUUGAUUGCAGCGGCUCCCAGCCUCAGUUCUACAACGCAGGUAGCAACCGGUUUUGUGAGGAUUGGAUGCAGGCUUUUUUGCAUGGUGCUGAAGGAGGUAACCCUUUUCUUUUCCGACAAGUUCUGGAGAACUUUAAACUGAAGGCCAUACAAGACACAAACAAUUUGAAGAGAUUUAUCCGACAGGCAGAAAUGAAUCAUUAUGCUCUGUUUAAGUGUUACAUGUUCCUAAAGAACUGUGGCAGUGGAGAUAUUCUUUUGAAGAUCGUUAAAGUGGAACAUGAAGAAAUGCCUGAAGCCAAGAAUGUGGUAACCGUCCUUGAAGAAUUCAUGAAAGAAGCUUGUGCCCAAAGUUGUUGAUCAUAGGUUUUGAGAUAAUUGCAUCGUGAAGUUGUAUAUUCAAACCUCGGUGUUUGAAAUUGCAGUUAUUAUCAUUGUUCACAGAAUUGCUGUUUAAGGUUAUUUGAAAUUUAUUCCAGGUUCUUUUUUCUGUUUGUACUUUUAAAAUUUAAAUUAAUGAAACAUUAAAAAU